UCACCCUGUGGACCUGGGGAGGGGUCCAACCCUGCAUUCCCGACCCCCACUGACCCCACUCCUCCCCCAGAUAGAGCCACGAACCCCCUCAACAAGGAGGUGGACUGGGACAGCGUCGAUGCCUUCUGUGAGCAGCUCAACAAGGAGUUAGAGGGGCCGCCCCUGGCAACCCGGCUGUUAGCCCACAAGAUUCAGUCUCCGCAAGAAUGGGAAGCUCUGCAGGCCUUGACGGUGUUGGAGACCUGCAUGAAGAACUGCGGCAAGCGCUUCCAUGAUGAAGUGGGCAAGUUCCGCUUCCUCAACGAGCUUAUCAAGGUGGUGUCCCCCAAGUACCUGGGGAGUCGGACACCUGAGAAGGUGAAGGCCAAGGUCCUGGAGCUGCUGUAUGGCUGGACGCUGGGGCUGCCCGCAGAGGUGAAGAUUGCCGAGGCCUACCAGAUGUUGAAGAAGCAAGGAAUCGUGAAGAGCGAUCCCAAGCUGCCCGAUGGCGUCCCCUUCUCUCCUCCCCCUCCGCGCCCCAAGAACAUCAUCUUCGAUGACGAGGAGAAGUCCAAGAUGCUGGCCCGCCUCCUGAAGAGCAGCCACCCCGAGGACCUCCGGGCCGCCAACAAGCUCAUCAAGGAGAUGGUUCAAGAGGACCAGAAGCGGAUGGAGAAGAUUUCCAAGCGGGUGAACGCCAUCGAGGAGGUUAACAAUAACGUGAAGCUGCUGACGGAGAUGGUGACCAGCUACAGCCACGGGGGCACCUCUGACGGCAAUGAGGAGCUCAUGAAGGAGCUGUUCCAGCGCUGCGAGCGGCUGCGGCCCAUGCUGUUCCGCCUGGCCAGCGACACCGAAGACAACGACGAGGCCUUGGCGGAGAUCCUGCAGGCCAACGACAACCUGACCCAGGUGAUCAACCUGUACAAGCAGCUGGUGAGAGGCGAAGAGGUCAAUGGAGAGCCGGGGGCUGGGCCCCUGCGGGGCAGCACCUCCGCUCUCCUGGACCUCUCCGGACUGGACUUGGAUACGGCCCCCGCCUACCCAGCGCUGCCCAACCUGCCCUCGGGCCACCACGAAUUGCCCAGCUCCAUGUCCCUGCUCGACGACGAGCUCAUGUCUCUAGGCCUCAGCGACCCAGCUCCCCUCUCAGCCCCAACCCUGGACAGUGGCGGAUGGAACAGUUUUCAGAAAGGAAGCUGUCCAGCCACUUCUGGGAUGCAGCCCCAAGCAGAAGUCCUGGCCAUCCAGAGGAGAAAGGAAGGAGCCAUCCCAGGACAACUGAGGAAGAGACAGCUGGGGAAGCAGUGUGGCCUAGUGGAAAAAUCGUCCGACAGCGCCGAGCCCCCCGUCACAGCCCCCGGAGUCGACCCUGGGCCUCCGGGCCCGAGCUCCCCGUUGGCCACCAGCGGCAUGGACGACCUGGACCGGCUGGGGAAGACGCUGCUACAGGAGUCGCUGCCCCCCGAGGCUCAGCAAGUGCGGUGGGAGAAGCAGCAGCCCCCGCCCCGGCUGACCCUCCGGGACCUGCAGAACAGGAGCAGCUCGGGAUCCCCUGGCCCGCUCCCCGCCGCUUCUCCAGGCUCGAUCACCUCAGACCAGCCGGCCCCGCCGCCGCCGCCGCCCCCCGCGCCUCCUGAGAUCUCCCUGACCAACAUCACUGUGCCCCUGGAGUCCAUCAAACCCAGCAGCAUCCUGCCCGUCACCGUCUACGACCGGCACGGCUUCCGCGUCCUCUUCCACUUUGCUCGGGAUCCGUUGCCCACCCGGCCGGAUGUGCUGGUGGUGGUCGUGUCCAUGCUCAGCACGGCGCCGCUGCCCAUCAGGAACAUCGUCUUUCAGUCGGCCGUCCCCAAGGUGAUGAGAGUGAAGCUGCAGCCCCCUUCCGGCACGGAGCUCCCGGCCUUCAACCCCAUCGUCCACCCGUCAGCCAUCACCCAGGUUCUGCUGCUCGCCAACCCCCAGAAGGAGAAGGUGCGUCUCCGCUACAAGCUGAUCUUCACCAUGGGGGAGGAGACCUUCACAGAGAUGGGGGACGUGGACCAGUUCCCCGCCCCGGCGUCCUGGGGCAGCCUCUAGAGCCAGCAACGGGGGAGGGCCAGAGUGCCGGCUGGGGGACCCCCUCCCCACGCUCUGAACAGAGGGGAGCCCCCUCUCCCGCAGCCCCUGCGCCUGGAAGGUCCGACCCACGGCCCCUCCCUGCCCGGGGGCAGAGGGCACCGCCGCCUUCCCACUGCCUGCCCUUCCCUCCUUCAAGUUGGGCCGGAGAGGGGAGAGGCGGGGGCCGCCCCCGACCACCAGCUCCGCCCCCGGCCGCCAUCGCAGAAGCUUUGAGCCCAUCGGUCUUGGGCGGGACCACCCUGGGUUUGGUUUGUAGGAGUCAGUGGCGGUGACGGGGGCAGGAGCGGCCCGGGCCGGGAAGAGGGGCAGCCCAUCCUCAAGCUCCCGUGCAGACUAGAAUGUCCUUGGCCAUCUGUCCGGGCGUCCCGGCCCCUUGGCAAUCCUUGGAGGGGAAGGCCAGGGCCCCUCCUCUCUCAUGCCUUACAUGAAGGACUAGCCAUAAUGCGGUGGUGGGGCGGGGGGCUUGCAGGAGUUUGGGGUGGCGGGAAGCGGGGGCCUCACCCCCUGUGGCCCAGAGGGCUGGCUCGGGCCCCUCCCGUGUCGGAACCGGGUUGAAGCGGGGGGGGCCUCCACCCCCUACCUUUUUGCACUUCUCUGGUGUGGGUUUGACUCCUUUCAUUCUGUUUCUGAGUCCGUCCUGUCCGGGGGCCGGGAGGCUGGCGGGAGGAGAGCUGUCCUCUCUGACCCUCGUUUCUCUCAGCUCCCUGUGCCCCAGUGCCCGCUGCAGGCCGAGGCCGGGGUGCUGCCCGAGGAAGGAGGAGGAGCCCCUGGGGGGAGCAGGGGCUGCCAGGAGGGAGCGUGCCCCAUCUCCCCCACCUUCUACCCCCCGCCACGAUCUUUCCCUUCUUGUGUGUCAACUCUGUUGUGGUCCCGUCGGGUGGCCAGGGCCCACACCAGGGCCUCAUGUGCGUAGCUCGCGGGCAAAGCCUGGAAGGGGCCAGGCUAGCAGCAGGGUGCAACGAGCUCUGACGGAGCGACUGUAUUUAUGGGAAAUAAAGCGUUGUCUC